ACUUCCGCCUCGGUCCGGUCGCCGAGGCCGUGGCGUGGCGUGGCGUGGCGUGGCGGGGCGGAGGCAUGUCGGGCACGGAGCUACGGGCGGCGCUGGAGCAGCGGCUGGGCGCCCUCGCCAUCCGCACGGAGGUCGUGGAGCACCCCGAGGUGUUUACAGUUGAAGAAAUGAUGCCUCAUAUCCAACAUUUGAAAGGAGCUCAUAGUAAGAACCUAUUUCUUAAAGACAAAAAGAAAAAAUGCUAUUGGCUGGUGACAGUUCUUCAUGAUCGACAAAUUAAUUUAAAUGAUCUUGCCAAGCAGUUAGGUGUUGGGAGUGGAAAUCUGCGGUUUGCUGAUGAAACGGCCAUGCUAGAAAAACUCAAAGUUGGUCAAGGUUGUGCUACGCCCCUAGCACUCUUCUGUGAUGAUGGAGAUGUGAAAUUUGUUUUGGAUUCUGCUUUUCUGGAAGGUGGACAUGAAAAGGUGUACUUUCACCCAAUGACUAACAGUGCAACCAUGGGACUGAGUCCUGAAGACUUUCUCACAUUUGUGAAGACAACAGGACAUGAUCCUAUAAUACUGAACUUUAAUUAAAACUUACUGGGUUAAUGUUUAAAAUACAUUUAGUAGUUAGGAGUUAGUACUUGAUCCAGGUAGGAGAUUCCAUGGGACUCUUGCCUCUUUCUCUCCCCAAAAGCUGAGAAUAGAGCUGUCCCUCAAAUGAUAGAGCACUAGCCUUGAUCACAAAACCUCAGGGACAGUGACCACACCAUGAGUUCAAGCCCCAGGAC